AUGGGUUGCGUGAACAGUACCGAUCAAAACGCGAAAGCAAGAUCAAAGCAAAUAGAUGAACAGUUAAAAGCAGAUGGAGAAAGGGCAUCUCGAGAAGUGAAACUGUUGUUAUUGGGUGCAGGAGAAUCUGGCAAGAGCACCAUUGUGAAGCAAAUGAAAAUUAUUCACGAAACUGGUUACAGUGAUGAAGAACGCAAAGCUUAUAAACCUGUGGUGUACUCGAAUACAAUUCAAAGUAUGAUGGCAAUCAUACGAGCUAUGGGGCAGCUUAAGAUAGAUUUCUCAGCAGAUGUACGAAAUGAGGAUGCUCGCCAGUUUUUCAUGUUAGCCCAAAGUUGUGAUGAAGGAGAAUUGCCUCCUGAGUUAGCUGUUUGUAUGAAACGUUUAUGGGCAGAUCCAGGAGUUCAGGAAUGUUUCAUGCGUUCCAGGGAAUAUCAGCUGAAUGAUUCGGCUCCAUAUUAUCUGAAUUAUCUUGACAGGAUAUCACAGCCUGGUUAUGUACCAACACAAGAUGAUAUUUUGAGGACACGUGUGAAGACAACAGGGAUUGUUGAAACGCAUUUCACUUACAAGGAUUUGCAUUUCAAAAUGUUUGAUGUUGGUGGGCAACGUUCUGAGCGUAAAAAGUGGAUUCAUUGCUUUGAAGGUGUAACAGCUAUUAUCUUUUGUGUAGCAAUGUCCGAGUAUGAUAUGAAGCUUGCAGAAGACGAUGAAAUGAAUCGGAUGGUGGAAAGCAUGAAGUUGUUCGACUCAAUCUGCAAUAAUAAAUGGUUUACAGAUACGUCAAUAAUAUUAUUCUUAAACAAAAAAGAUCUUUUCGAAGAAAAAAUAAGAAAAUUGCCGUUAACAUUAUGUUUUCCAGAGUAUACCGGUACAAACACAUAUGAAGAAGCAGCCGCUUACAUACAACUACAAUUUGAGAAUUUGAACAAGCGAAAAGAUGGUCAGAAAGAAAUUUAUACCCACUUCACGUGUGCAACGGAUACAAACAACAUACGCUUUGUGUUCGAUGCCGUUACCGACAUAAUAAUUAAAGAAAACUUACGACAAUGCGGUCUAUUUUAA